AUGGUCGGACAUGGAGGCAUCGCCUCCUCCGUCGCCCCGCUGACGGUUACGGCGAGCAACGAGUACGGCCGAUACAGUGACGCCGCUCUCGCCCUCUACGGGUUCGAGAUGGUGGCGGAGCCCCAUCGGCCUACGACGCUCACGGCCACAUCUUCGGUUGCUCUUGACGGCGGUGUAGGUGGGAGUGGUAGCGGUGGCGGUGUGCGGGGUGGUGUUGAUACGGAGUCGGGGUCGUUGUCGGUAUUUUCGUGGAAGGUUGUGGAGCUCGACGAGGAGGGAGGGGCCCCCGCUGCUACGAUAUUCGAGGAGGAGGAAGGGGGAGCCGAGGUCUCCGUGGAGUUCACCAAGCCCGGCGGUGUUUUCCGCCUCACCGUGGAGGAACGGUUACGAGCGGGCGCGGUGAGCCGAGACGGGACUGUCGUUUUGAACACGGGCGAGACUGCUGUCAUCGGGAGGGCGACCAUCAAGGUGUCCUGCAAGCACGUGCGUCGGGAAUUGAGGGAUUUGUCUGAGGCGGACCGAGAGGCUUUCUUGGAUGCAAUGGAGGCGUACUACGCGGUUUCGAAGGAGGACGGGCGGGCCAAGUAUGGGGAGGGUUUCUUCGACUACCAGCUUUUGGCGUCGUACCAUAGCGCAGACUUGAAGAGUUUCUGUUAUCACGCCGGGGUGCAGUUCUUGACGGCCCAUGCGGCGUUCGGGCUGAUGCUGGAGCGAUCCCUUCAGAAGAUCAAUCCGAGGGUGUCGCUGCCCUUCUGGGACUACAUGAUCGAGGCCGAGACUCUUGGUCCAGACUGGCAAGAUAGCCCCAUCUUCGACGACGACAUGUUCGGACGCGCGAUGGGUUCGGCCGAGAACGGUUACCAGAUCUCCGACGGCAGAUUCGGGAAGAUCUCCGCAAUCUACGACCCUUACCACAACCUCCCCGGCAACGGGUUGGACAUCGGGCCGCACCACAACGCAUACGGCUACCUUAGCGCCACCUACAACUAUCAGGAGGCUCCGCUGCUCACGCGCACGAGCUCUUUCUGCAACCUGAAGGCCGACUCGGUGUUCGCCACUUCUGACGACUUUUUCGGCUGUUUCAGCGCGCACGACACCUUGGGGGACUGGGAGCACUGCAUGGAGAGCAAGGUGCACGGCGAUAUGCACGGGCUUCUCGGCGGCGCCUUCAAGUGCAACGUCGACAUGCACGCGUUCCACGAGGACCACCCCGAGUACACAACGGGCCUCCUUACCUUCGUUGUUGAGUAUCUCACCACCAAGUUCUGGCCGAACAACAACUUCAUGCCGCCGGGCAGCAACACGUGCGACACCGAGUGCGCGAGCGGACAGGAGCCCUGUGGCUGCACCUGCAGCGUCGACGCCAUGGCUCUCUCCGAAGACGAACCUCUCGUGAACGAAUCCCCUCUCUUCCGUUGUCGCCCUCUCUUGCCGAAUUUUUUGCACGCCAAGAUAUACUCCCUGACAUCAACGUUCCUGAGCCGGGCUACCCAAAGAUUUUCAGGACACGCUUAUAUCUCGUACGACGAGUCCAGCGAACGCCCUUGGGGUUUCCAGCAGGACGGAGAACGCCUGGACGAUGACGCCACGAUGUUUUUGCUGCGGCAAGUAGUCAAGCUGGGGUGCGAGCCGGGAGCGGUGGGGGUCAUGGUUGGCGGCGUCAGCCCAAUGGAUCCUUUGUUCUGGGUACUGCACCCGUUGUUGGAGAAGGCUUUACACGUGUUGUGGAUGUCUCCCACGUACCGCGACGGUUACAGCUUCGAUUGGACCGAUGGCUCGUGCUCGGGCAGCAAGGUGGACGACAUUCUUCCCUUCACAGCGCAAGACCUGGGCAUGGGAGCGGGCACGGACCUCCUGACGAACCGCGAGCUGAUGGGCAUAUUGCACCCGAGCAACCCACGCCUUCCCUUCGUAUUCGAGAAAUUCGACACGUGGGGCACCGCAGAAUCAUGGGAUUUCUGCCCGGAGUGUGCUGCUGCGGCGGCGGCGGCGGCGGCGGCGGAAUCCGGUGGUGGUUUCCCCCCCCCUGCUUCUGCGGAGGGAUAGGGGUGUAGAAUGAGCAGCGUGGAUGGCCUACACAAGAUUGAUGAGUUACGCUUGGAAGAAUUCGCCCACCCUCGGUAUGCUCGACUUCGACGACCGGAUGGGAGGGUCCAAACGGCGGUGCCGACAUGUUUUUCUUGAAGGCCGCUACAAUUUGUAGAUUCCCAUUUUGAUUUGUUUUUUACGCACAAGAGAAAAAUCACUGCCAUGAUCUGGUACAACAUUUGUCGAGGCAGCGGGUCCAAUCUUAUGCUGUACAUCAGUGUCGAUGUGUGUUUUGUGGUUGGCCUGUUUCGUGAGCCCAUUUUUUUCAUGGAGGGCGCAAGUUGUUUUAUGCUAUGAGCGGUGCGUCAAGUGUUGUUUUUCGGUUUAGGAAUGUCCUUGUUUUCGUUGAUAGAAUCACCACAGUUUCGGUGGAUGUCGUGGUGUGCGUUGUGGCACCACAUUUCUACAUAUAUAUAUAUAUAUAUCGUGUGUGUUCUGUGUAAAUGCGCGUGUUGUCAAUGUAUGAAAUCCACCCCUCUACACCUAACCCCAUCUUGGGAAAAUGAGCGUCACACCCACACCUAGCAUUGGUUUAAUAUGGUUGACGGUAGUAAUAUGCACGGUUUUGUAAGGUAUUUUUUCGCGGGGGUUGAGAAAAGAUUUUGAUAGUUUUUUCACCGACUUGAGCUAUCGCUUUUACUAUUUCCUAGUCCCAUGCAGUUCCUCCGAUUGGUGCGGCUCAGUUUGUUGCUUGUCGAGCUUCCACUGACUCGGCCUUGCGUUGAUGAGCUCUAACACGGAUGUUCCGCUAGAAAGUACCCUGGAGGACUGUUCUUUUCUAGCAAGUCGGUGUAUUUUUUUUGUUACCUUAGCUGAGCCCGCGAGCCACACGGACAACUUAGUGUAAGCGUAGCGGUUACGGAAAGAUUUCACGAAGCCGGUGGAGGUUUGUUGGCUUGGCUUCCGGAAUGUUUUAUCUUCUGAUUUUCCGAGGUUCUCACGCCUGACUCAACCCGUGUGUAUUUGUUUUGUUUCUCUCUGCCUAGCCCCGACCGCCCUAAACGGUGGACUCAUGGAUAGUUGUGUUGGUGUGUCUCUGCCUAGAAAUAACUUUUGACGGGACAAUAAAACGUGAGUUGGUGGUUCGAUCGAUGGGUUGAACGCGGUUUUCGAACGCGGACCAUUUUUUUUUUUUUUGCGUGAAACGGCCGCGUAGGGUGUGACCUGAUAUUCGGUGCAUGUGUUUGCCUCCGUUAGCAUACGCCAUGAGCGCGAACGUGCUCUGGCCCCUCACGGAUAUUUUUGACUCUGCUGGCGUUCGUCUUUGGUAUCACAUAUCUAGAACUACUGGGCUACUGUACCCCCCCAACAAGAGGGGCGUAGUUCUCACCGAAGGGGCCCGUCCACCCUGUGUGUGAAAAGUACUUCACUAAGUCUAGCCCCACGUUUCGCUAUUCCCCCGCAAUCUCCCCGCGACCGUGGGGGAUUCCCUCGCGGGUUGAUCGUCUCAUUUUGUUGUUGUUUUGCUGAUUUGGGGAGAAGGUUGUGGCCACGGCGGUUCGGCUGUUCCCGUUGAAAAGGGUAGCUAUGGACGAGAGGAGGUAUAGAUGGAGGACGGCGACGCCCGGGCCGAUGUCUUAGUCGAAGAUUAGCAAGGAACAUCUAGAAAUAAUUCUUGAACCUCUACAAAGACGGCAACAAACGUGCAACUUGGGGAUCGUCCCGCGGCCGUGCGUUUAUUUAAGCGCCAACAAUUGUUGCCACAUGUUGUGGAUGACUUCCAACAAGUAAAGGGUGGUAGGGCGAUCUA